UGGUGACCUAUGUUCUGGCGCCGCCCUCUGGCCAGACUGUAUUUGACCACCGCACCGUCUGUGCAGUCUGUGUUUACUCGCGACGCAGACCAGACGCUACGCGCGUGUCCGCUCAGAAGGCACACGCCCGCGCGCAUGAAACAUGUUUGAUCCCUCUCUCUGUCUCUACACCUCAGUACCAUUUUGGCAGCGCUUCAUCAGGACAGAUGCUGGUGUUUGUGCUCUGAGAGGAAUAACGACAUGUCAUCGGUGGUGUUAUGAAUACAGAGAGACACUUCACACGUCCGGCACAUCUACUCUGAACGGAGGUCAGUGAUGACAUCACUCGGGUAUUGUCUGACACUUCCCAUUUCCUAACCACAUUACCAUGGCAACAGGAAGAAAAGGCUCCACCUCAAAGGCUGGCGGUGUACGUUUCCCUGACGACGACGAGCCCCCUGGCUCUCCAACACGGAAAGAUGAGUCAAACCUCUGUUCUCUCAUCGCUAUCCAGGAGAAGGAUGGCAGCUACUUGGUCAAGGCUGGUUUCCUCAAGAGCCACCAGUGUUACGAGAUUGUCUUCACCGUCCCAGAUGUCCCCACACUGGGAAAAGAGCUCUCCUGCCUUCCUUCCUCUUCUCCAUCUCGGAGAUUCCCCAACCUCCGGGUCCAUCGUAUUAACUCCACACUGGAGGGAGGUGUAAAGGUAACAUGUGAGUACAGGACUCACCAGGAGGGGGUGCUGCAGGAGGAGAUCACUCUGGUAACCAGAGGGAAAAAAGGCAGCACUCUGAAGGUCAGAUUCCAGGCCAAAGUCAUUGAUCCACAUCACGGGACUCCCAUGCUGCUGGACGGGGUGAGGUGCCUGGGUUCUCAGAGAGAUGCCCGCACGAGGCACAGCAGCAGCCGUGAGAGGAUAUGACGCAAACAUACACGUGUGAUGUACAUGUUUCUACAACAGUGAUAUUCAGUCAGAGCUCUGGGUGACAAUCAAAUGUAUAGAUAGUCAUGUGCCUCUGUUUUUUGAAGAUACAGUAAAGCAACACUCAACACAAGCCAGCUUACACAUCACGCACUAAGCUCACCAUACUCACCAAGCCACGUCCUGUUAAAACAAAAGUCAAAAUCAGCACCACACAUUUAGUAAUAGACUGUAAAGUAACUGCAAAUAAAUACAUUAUCAUUUUACAGCAGUGCAACCAAGGAAAACUCAGAUAUUGACUUGUAAUGUCCCCCGUCCUUUAACUGUGUGCACCACAUAUAAGAACUCUCAUCAGCACAAAGUACAUUUAACUGUUUGUGGUCCUUAUCAAGAAAAAUCGUAGACUUGCACAAGAUAAUGGUAUAAUGAUCAAUGAUAUUCAGUCUUUUCACAAAGCUUUAAUGGUGGUUUCAUGAGUGUUGCUGAUCAAAGCCAGGCAUUUCUCUGUUUUCUUCAGUGGCUUCAAAGGCAGAGCCAGGUGGACUGGAGACACUCACAUUUCUGAGGUCUUCUCUUAAGUUGAUUACCUUCAGGCAGUUCAUCUUGAAAUUCAAAAUCAAUCAAAUCACAACAUUAGAAUUAAGUCGAUUUCUGGUUUGCAGGUCUGGUCUGUUGUAUGAGCUCAAAUCAGUUAGAUUUUUUGCAAAUACGUUCCGGCACAGUGGUGUGGUGGUUAGCACUGUCGCCUCACAGCAAGAGGGUUCCCGGUUCGAUCCCGGGUGUGGGAGCCCUUCUGUGCGGAGUUUGCAUGUUCUCCCCGGCUUCUUCAGUCCAAAGACAUGCAGAUUGGGGAUUAGGUUAAUUGAUAACUCUAAAUUGUUCGUAGGUGUGAAUGUGAGUGUGAAUGGUUGUCUGUCUCUAUGUGUCAGCCCUGCGAUAGUCUGGUGACCUGUCCAGAGUGUACCCUGCCUCUCACCCAAUGUCAGCUGGGAUAGGCUCCAGCACCCCCGCACUCCUCAAGAGGAUGAAGCAGUUAGAAUAUGGAUGGAUGCACGUUCUGGCAAAUUACAAAGAAGCCUUCAUCAGCAACCUGUGCUGGCGGCUUCACAGUGCUAGAUCCACUUGUUGCAUUAGUAAUAAGCAUUAUGACAACAUGAUUGAUACAGCAUUAUGUUUGUUUUAAAUAGACUAACCACUGGACUAGCGGUGCAUGUUGUAUUUGUUUACUAGAAAAUUAAUAUGACGAGAGGAGACAUGGCGGUGUUAGUCUCUCAAGAAAUCUAAAACUGCACCAAUGGCAACAUUUUGGAUUUGAAGCUGAUUAAAGCACUGUCCUAACUAGCUUUGAGUGAUGCAGUGUGCCAUUUUGAGCUGAACUUGUCAAACACCCUGUUUCUUUUUUUUCCCUGUCGCUCACUUUGAAAGCACUGGAAUAGACAAGGAAUGGCUGAUCUUUAAGAAGCUGAAAUGAGGAGUUAUCUAUACAGAAAACAGCAAAAACAUAACUAAGGAACCAGCUGACAGAUGGGGGAUCACCAUGGAGCUGAAAGUUUCUGGUAAAUGACCAUCACUGAUAACAAGCUAGGCUACUUGCUGUUGGCUACUUGUAUGUCAUUUCCAGUAAAUAUCACAAUAUCAAACUCAUGUUUUCUAAAAAGUAUAAACAUAGGAGGAUAGCAAGUACUCACCCAUCUUUAAGGGUGGUUAUGUCUCCAGUCUGAUCUCAAAGCGUACAGCUAUGUGCUACGUAGCUAUGUGGUGUGUUUACAUGACGUAACAGAGGUGCAUAAUAAGGGAUUCACUGUGGACAGGGAGCUCCAAUGUUGCAUGAUGUGACGUGAUAGUUGGGCGCUUGUUUGCUGUUAGGACACAGUGUCAUUACAUUCCACUUGGGAGCGGUGGCUGAGUCAACACCUCAUGAUAACUUUCAGUGCGCCAUCCAGGAUUUGAGUCAAUAUCGAACCAGUUUGAAAAUUUCUACACAGCCCAGCCCUACCCAACAUAGAAGUAAUUCAAAUCUAUGAGACGUAGUUUACAGGGUUUGUGCACGACAAUGCGUUUGCUACUGUUUCCCAUGGCUGCCACCAAAUAUUUUAACAGAGUACACCUUAUUAUUGCACCAAUACAAUUCUCAUUGUACUAUUUUGAUCAAUCACGCAAGAAAAUUAAUUCCAACUUUUUUCAUUGGCACUGUUUGCAGUAAGAGCCACGUGUGACUGCUCAGCAGCUUUCUUAACCAAUCCACCUGUCUGCCAUCACACUGCACUAUCAGGUGACAUGAUGGUGUGUUAUUGUUGUAUUUCUAAAUAGCCAUAAAUGAAAAGAGAGAUCAUGAGGAUUUCCCAUAUAACUACAUAACCCGAUGUUUGUAUUUUAACUAUAGCUUAAAAAUUAAUUAGUUAAAGCACAAUACCGAAUACAUAUUUUAAUGUGUCAUCUUGAAAAGCAGAAAGUGUUUAAUAUGAGUGUUUACUACUAUACUUAGACCAUGAAAUAAAAAAUUUGUGGUGUAAAAUCUGAACAGAGGAAAAAAAAAUCUCUUUUUCUCUUAUUGGGCAAGAAAUGCUAAUAUUAUCAUCAUCAUCAUGUUUCUGCAAAUCUUUAGCAUGUUCUCAUUCACAGGGUGCUAAAUAAGACUGCUUUGCCACACCCCUUAGCUUGUGAUAUAGGCACCAAAGCACCCUUGUGUGUCUUUAUAAGACAACGCGGGCUCUCCAGUAACUCCAGUGUAAACCCAUCUGUGGCAAUACUUGAUGCUAAGACCAGCUGAUGGAGUAUAAAGCACGAGAAAGUCAGCGUAAGGCAGAAAGGAAGGGAAAUGGAUGGGUCAAACAAAAAAGGACUUCAUCCCCUUGUGAAAGCAGAAGUCAGUGUUGUUUUAACUUAAUGUUACGUCACUUAAGUCCCAACAGUACAUCCCGACUGUACAUCCCGGCUGCGUGUCCCAUGUAAAACCAAAUUCAGUCACGCACUGAGGUCAGUCUGGUGACGCAUUUACGUGAUGUUACAUUAAGUAAAAAACAUACUUAUUUUCACCCAAAACAUGACUCCCCCCCCCAAACUUAACUGUAACUGUCUGUCAUCAUUAACCACGUGUUACAAUGUGUUUCAGCUGUGUGUCACAUGGAUACGCUAAAGGUUGCCCUUUGUGUCGCUAUUAGAUGCUGAGGCACAUGACAAAGCGUCUGUAUUUGACAACCUGCUAAGAAGUUUAAAUCUUUUAUAACUAAGAAGUUUAUUGCAUCAUGUGUUAAGUAAAUCAAUGCUUAUUCGCCUUAACCAUCUAUUUUUUUUAAAAAUUGUUAUCAGCAUAGCCUUCUUCAUGUGUCUUAUAACAGCUCAUAUCAGCAAAUGCUACAAUAAUAUGUCGAUCAUUUUGAAUAUACUGUUAUACUGUUAAUGCUGUAACAGAAAAAGACUGCAGAGUUUUUACCCUUUAUUUGCAUGCUACUGUUUGUCACUAAGUGUAACCAAAUCCUGACCAAAUAACUAAGACAGGCCAUGUGAAUUAUAAACCAAUAGAAAUGUGUCAAACGUUUAUUUAUUUUUUAAACUUUACCAUAUUUAUUGCAUUGUUAGAAAAGGGAAGCUGCAGCCAAGAUUGUUAAAGUUAUUUAUUAUAGGAGUACACUGAGUUAUUGGUGUAUUGCCUGAUGUGUGUAACACUAAGGUAACGUGUGUAUUCUUGGUGGAUCAUCUGCUCCAUACUAACAUUUUAGCAUACAUGUUGAGAAAUAGACUCCGUGCCAACCCUUUAGCAUACAGUAAAUUAAGUGAUUGUCUUCCAAGUUCACUCCAAAAUCCAAAUACAUAGUUUUUGUCUCAUCCAUGGUGCUGUUUAUCAAUCUAGAUUGUUUUGGUGUGAGCUGCAGAGUGUUGGAGAUAUCAGCUGUAGAGAUGCCUGCCUUCUCUUCAAUAUAAUGGAACUACACAGUGAAAAUGCGCCUUGUAAAUAAUAACAUCAAUAAUAGUAAACAGAUGCCUCUUUGAUUAUAAACAAACAUGUUUAUAUAUGAGGUUAAGGGUUAUAUUAGGUUAAAAAUAAACCAAUAAACAAAACCUCAAAAUAAAGCUUACAGGUGUAAGGUUAAUGUUAGGCAAGAGAAAACUCUUGCAUAAAAAGCACUGAGAACUUUCCCGAUGCAGAUUACCUUGUGGAAAGGUGUUCUUUAAUAUUCCUCCCACGCGAUAUUCAGAAUGCACAAAAUCACCCUCAACCAGAACAGUAAAAGACAGCAAAGGAGAGACCAGAGUUUCUGGCUGACAAUAUCUUCUAACAGAAGGUCUGCAUUAGACUGAGGAAGGAUCAGAAUGUCUGGGUGUGCAUUUCCCCAUCUCUCUUAAGCUUUAAGGAAGGCCGUCAUCAUACCCUGAUUGGCCCAGAGGGGAAAUGCACCAAGCUGCUCUCAAUUCAUAUUGACGAGUCAUUCCUCACAGCCUGCGCAACACGUGAUCUGAAUGACCCUUUAAUUGACUCAGGGGAAAUGUGACAUUCUGCUAAAAUUAAUCAGGAAAUGACAGUAAGUACCACAGAAUGAGGAACUGCUACAAUUGGUGCAAUCUGAAUCGCCUACUUUUCACUUUUAUUAGGUCCUGCAGCUGCCCUUAAAGAGUAUGUACUGUUGUGCACAGUAUGCACACAAUUGGGACAUAUUACUUUGUCAUAACAUUACGCCCUGAACUUUGACCCUCUUGCUUUUAUAGCUGUUGUCUUGGAGAUAUAACCCCACUUAUCGAGUUUGUCAGAGAUGGAUAUCAACCCGAAACUGCAUACAUUGUCGAUUGUAACAUAUCAUUUGCAGCAGCGAAAUUACAUUUGUGUUCUCUCUUGUUGUUAUUUUUGCAUUUAUGUCCUAUUGUUUGUAAUAUUUAUGAUUAUUUUGUUCACUUAAAAAAUUUUUCUAUUAUUACUAUUUGACCGGUCAUCAGUUAGUUGAAUGCAUUGUUAUCUGUCAUUGCAACUUCUGACAGGUGUCGGUCAGCUGUCAGUCAGCUGUCAAUGAGCUGUCAAGCUGUCAUCUGUUUGCGGCUCAGCCAAUGUGAUGUAUCGUCCGCUGCACAGAGGAUUGUGGGUCAGAAUAGCUAAAGAAGCAUGCUGGCUUGGAUACUACAAAGUUUUAGGACAUGCUGGUAUUUUUGGCAUACUGCAUUUGACUUAGUAUGUAUUGGGACAUACUAAAUCUUUUCUUGGCAUACUAUAUACUUUUGUGGCAUCGAUACUGGAGUACACAGAAUGUCAUUUUCCAGAAAUCAUGACCCAGUGACUCAAGAUAAUCCACAGACCUUGUUGUGAGCAGUUUCAUGUAGGAACUACUUUCUUUCUACCAAACUCAGCCCUGCUAACCAUAUCACUACAUACAAGUAAGCAUGCAUUCACUAAUGGACGAGAGGCUUGUGUUUGAAACAGCAUUACAUGUAAACAUUAAUGGCGUCCUCCUCAGCUGAGGAGUAAUGUUGGCUUGCUUAGUGGUGCUAGGUGAGCUAGCAGCAGGUGCACACUUCUGUGUCGCAGUUUUUUAUUGACAGUAAUUGAAUUUUAAACAAAGUACUGAUCAGAAAAAAUCACAAAUACAUAUUUUCCUCAAAUUGUUCAACCCUAGUGGCAAUAUAGCAAAGCUUAUGGGGCAUUCACACCAAACGCGAAUUCUCAUAUUCGCACGUCGAGAUUACAUACAAAGUCAAUGC